AUGCCCUUCCAAUUGCAGGGGAAGGGGGGUUUAGAUAUUGCAGCUGCAGCUGGUUUCCAAGAAGCUUGGAAGCUGCUUGAACAGAGUCAAGAGGAGGAGAAAGUUCAUAGCUUUGGAAGCACAGAGCCCACCUCAGUUCUUCAUAUGAGAAGGAGUCCAAGCCCACCCACAUCGGCUUCCACUCUUUCCUCCUCCUUCAACAACGGCGGCGGCGGUGGGGACAACACUGCCACCGCCACUCCGACUGCCGGCGAAAAGGCCUCUGAGUGGGCUAAUGAGCUGCAGCCAAUCCCAGCGGGACUCGAGAUUGUUUCUUCCAGAUGCGGUCUAGGGUUGGACGAUUGGGAGAACAUGUUGUCGGAGCCCACUCAGGAACAGUCCCUACUCCGGUGGAUCUCCGGCGAGGUCGACGACUCCUCGUUUGGUCUCAAGCAACUCCUCCAGAACAACAACAGCAACAACAAUCCGUUGGAUUUCGACGGCAAUGGCGGCAGCGGUGGUGCUGGAGGAUUAGGAAUUGGAGCUGGGGUUUCCAGCAUUGGUCCCAAUUUGGGUGCUUUCCCUGCUUCAGGGUUUGUCGGAGCUCAUGGGAAUGGCAGAACUGCUGGUGGCUUGGUGUCUCCCAGCUCUUCUUCUUCAUCUGGGUUGGUUCAUUUCAAACCUAAUAAUAGUAGCGUCGGUAAUGAUCUUCCUUCUACUAUGCAAUAUCAUCACCCACAGCAGCAGGAGGAGAAGCCACAUGUUCUGAACCCUAUGAUGAAUCAACACCAACUGAAUUCUCCUCAAGCUCCAAGCUUUUUCCUGCCUCUGCCGUUUGAGAAUAAUCAUCAGCUUCCUCACCCCAAGAGGCAGAAUUCUGGUGGUAGGAUGGAACCCAUUUCUCAAAUGAUGCCAAAGCUGCCGUUUUCAGAUCCUGGGCAUCAUGAAUUGUUUCUCAGGAAGCAACAGCAGCAGCAGCAAUUUCCUCCAGGGCUUCCUCCAUUUCUCCAACAACAUCACCAGGGCAUUCAGCAGAACACCCUGGUGGGGAAGAAGGAAGACCCCGGUGGAGGGCAGCAGCACGAAUUGCUUGACCAGCUCUACAAGGCAGCAGAGAUGGUAGGGACAGGGAACUUCACUCACGCGCAAGGGAUAUUGGCGCGGCUCAAUCAACACCAACAGCUCUCCCCAAUUGGGAAGCCUCUCUAUAGGGCAGCUUUCUACUUCAAGGAGGCUCUCCAGCUUUCACUCGGUCACAACAACGUUAACAACAACCUGGUCACCAGCCAUCCUAUCAUGCCUCGAACCCCAACCCCAUUUGAUGUAAUCUUCAAGAUGGGCGCUUACAAGGUCUUCUCAGAGGUCUCCCCACUCAUCCAGUUCAUCAACUUCACAUGCAACCAGGCUAUACUGGAGUCCCUGGAAGAUGCAGACCGAAUCCACAUAGUCGACUUCGACAUUGGGUUUGGCGCUCAAUGGGCUUCCUUCAUGCAGGAGCUACCUCGGAAUAGAGGCAUUACACCUUCCUUAAAGAUCACAGCCUUUGCCUCUCCUUCGACUCACCAUCCUAUCGAGCUUGGCCUUAUGCAAGAAAAUUUGACACAAUUCGCCAAUGAGAUAGGUAUAAGCUUCGAGCUUGAUGUGAUCAAUUUUGACUCUUUGGAUCAGCAGAGUUGCUUCUCUCUUCCGAUAUUCCGAGCUAGCGAGAAUGAGGCUAUUGCGGUCAACUUCCCCGUUUGGGCAGCUUCCGGUCAACCAUCUGCAUUGCCCUCAUUGCUCCGCCUCAUCAAGCAGCUUAAUCCGAAGAUUGUGGUGUCACUGGACCGAGGGAGUGAUCGUAGUGAUCUUUCAUUUCCGCAACAUGUGCUUCAUGCUCUCCAAUCUUACAUUAACCUAUUUGAAUCAUUGGAUGCUGCUAAUGUGACUAGUGAUGCUCUGAACAAGAUUGAAAGGUUUCUGCUCCAGCCUAAAAUCGAGAGCACUGUGCUGGGGCGACUUCGUGGGCCCGACAAGAUGAUGCCCAAUUGGAAGACGGUAUUCGCCUCUUCUGGAUUCUCGCCUGUGCCAUUUAGCAACUUCACCGAGACUCAAGCGGAGUGCGUGCUAAAGAGGGCCCAAGUGAGGGGGUUUCACGUCGAGAAGCGACAUGCCUUCCUUGUGUUGUAUUGGCAAGGGAGAGAGCUCAUAUCAGCUUCUGCUUGGAGGUGCUGA